UGGCAUCGACAUAAAAGAAUCAACUCAGAAUACCUUACUUUCGACAAGCAUAUAUUAUUUCACGGGGGCUUGGAUUGAUUCCAGGAACAUGAGUAGCGCCAGUACGGUGUCAGACGGUGUGAAGGGCUGCGAUGGCUCGAAAGGUGAGGAGGUAACGGGGCCUUCUAAUACUACACCUGAUGCAGCACACAGUAGUCCGGGUUCACAAAAGCGACCCACCCCAUCCAGCGCAGCUUCUGUUACCUUGGGAGCGCGAGGUAAGACCACCACCAGAGCCUCUGAGAAGGUGAGGGAGAUCCUGGAGAAACGCAGAGCGGCCAGAGCUGCGGCUGAGGAGAAGAAGAAACAGGAGGCCACCGCAGAACAGAACACGACGGUUGCCAAGAAACCAGUUGGUAGGGAUGCGGGGGGUGAUGCCAAAGGGGAGGUAGGCACGGUAGCAGAGCAUAAGGAGGGGAUUGAUGCGUCGAACCAGCCAGAUGUCAAGUCGGAAACGAAGGCACAGGCCACGGGCGAUAGCCUUGGUGGUGGGACUGAUAAGACAGUUGUGAAGGGAGACAAGCAGGAGCAAGGCGAAGUGACCGCACAACUACCCGAACACGCAUCGGAGGAACAUGAGAGACCCACAACUGUGAAGGACGGUGUAGCUGCCAACAAACCCAGCGAAACCUCUCAGCAAACUACCAGGAAGCACAUACAGCACACGGGAGAGACCAAUACUGCGCCUGUAGGGGCUGAUGGUAGUAAGGAAAAGGGCACAAAUGGAAGUACGGAGGUGCAGAACAGGCCCUCUGAGAAAGAGGUGGGGGCUCUCCAGAAGGACGUGGAAGGGGACGUCCUGACUGAGAAGAGUAGCAUACAGGACAAACCGACAGACAAAGAUACUAUCGCAGUGACAACGAAUACGCCGACUGAAGACAAGGCCGCACAAGGUAACCAUGCCAAUACAAUGGCGAAUCAGACGUAUUGUUAA